AUAUUUUUCAUGUUUUUAACAGAUAUUUUGAUACAUUUCAUCCUAGCCACUUAUGAGCAUUUGUCUGUCACACAAAUGCAACACUUUGAAUGAAUAACAGUCAGAGGCUGAGAAAUUGGCGAUUGAGCUAAUGUGACAUACCGGUAUGACCUAAGAUAGCCAACGAUAUGGGUGCCAGUUAGACUUUUAGCUCUAACUUUGGAAAGAAAUGGGUGCCGGUGACAGACUUUUAGCUCUAACUUUGGAAAGAAAUGGGCUAUGAACUCAGUUCCAAUUGCAUCUGAAAGAUGAGACUCGACUCGGUAUAGAGACCUUGACUGGAAGCUAAAUAUAUAUUUACAUCUUUGAGUUAUUUUUUAGUUAUAGUGGCUGCCACACCCAUCUCUCUUUCUACAUCUGUGCGAAAUUUGGUGCUUUUAUCACACAGUUUACUAGUGAGUCCACAUUUUCAGUUUAGUGGCACCACUAAUAUACAAAAUAGAUCAAUUUUAAUUCCGCCAUAUUACUACAGAAAUCAUUGUAAAUAAUGGUUUUUUUUGUCAGUAACUAGUUGUUUGACAAAGGCCUUGAAUUGCAGGAUCAAAAAAAGGGUUUCGAAAUUAUGACGUUUGGCCACUUGGGGUCAUAAUUUACCCUUGGGUUAAGGCUGCACUCCACAACAUGGUCACUCCGCACCGGCAUCCUACGGGUCAGGCAGCCCGUGGCACCUUAAUUGGGGAAGACGGCUCACAGUAAUGGCACCUAACACAUACAUGGUGUCCAUGUGUUUGAUACCAUUCACUCCACCCAUUACCUGGCAGAUCUAAGGACGCUCCAUUAUGUGUACCAACGAGUUUGUUUCCAGGUCGGAAAUGUCCGAUUUGUCUUGAACGCAGCAUCAUCUUCCAACGAGUUUCCAGUCGGGAGUUUCCGCAUUGUCUAGAACGCAACAGAAGUAUGUCAUCAUCCAAGAGUCUUUAGUGGGGCUGGAAUAUAAGGAAUGUGAAUGUCGGAGGACCAGGCAGCGCAGAAGGAUGAGCUGCUUGCUCUAGCGAGUAUUUACGACGAGGAGGAGUUUCACGGAGCUGAAUCGGCACAAGGCGGAGAAAUACAACUAUGCCUUGAACUUCCUCCUAAUUUCAAGUUGAUAGUCAAAGGAGACAAGCACACAGAAUAUGACGUAUCUUUCCUACCUCCCCUGGUGCUUAACUUUGAACUUCCUGCCAAUUACCCUUCCUCCUCAUCUCCGCUCUAUACACUCAGUUCCAAAUGGCUGUCAAGGGACCAGAUGACUUCUCUCUGCAAGCGUCUGGAUGAGCUGUGGGGUGAGAACCAGGGCUGUGUUGUCCUCUACACAUGGAUCCAGUUCCUCAAGGAGGAGGCGUUUGCCUUCCUGGAUGUCAAGUCUCCACUAGAGGUUGUUAAGGCAGGCAAGGCUGCUGUGAAGCGGGCGGGGACUAUAAUCGGGGAGGAAGGCAAACUGGAGUCUCUGCUGGAGCUGGACCCCCGUGCUGUGCUGUUGGUGGACCCCCGUACUGAUAUCCUACCUCAGCUACUGGACUUUGACGAAGCUCAAAGGCAGAAGGUGUUUGACGGCAAGGUGUUCUGCUGUAGCAUCUGCUUCAUGGAGAAGCUGGGCUCGAGCUGCCUGUGCUUCAAGGAAUGCCAGCACGUGUACUGCAAGGCCUGCAUGACAGAGUACUUCGGGAUUCAGAUCCGCGACGGCAACGUUCAGUGUCUUAACUGCCCCGAGCCCAAGUGCACCUCCUUGGCUAUGCCCUCACAGGUCAAGCUCCUUGUCGGGGAGGAGUUGUUUACUCGUUAUGACCGUCUCCUGCUUCAGUCCAGCCUGGACCUGAUGGCUGAUGUGGUGUACUGCCCUCGCCAGUCAUGCUGUCAGGCUGUGAUGGUGGAGCAAGACACCACCAUGGGCAUCUGCCCUGCCUGUCAGUACGCCUUCUGCACCCUCUGCAAACGUGGAUACCACGGCCUGUCCCACUGCAAGGUCACAGCAGAUGAGCUGCGAGGCCUAAGGGAUGAGUAUAUCUCUGCCAGUGCCGAGGGGAAGAAGUUCAUGGAGCAGCGUUUUGGGAAGCGGGUUAUCCAGCGUGCCGUGGAGGAGUCCUUCAGCAGGGACUGGCUCUAUGAGAACUGUAAAGGCUGCCCGCGCUGUGGCACUAACAUACAGAAGGUAGAUGGCUGCAAUAAGAUGACUUGCACCUCGUGUAAGCAGUACUUCUGCUGGCUGUGUCUGGGCCAGCUCACACUUGUCAACCCCUACAGCCACUUCAAUAACCCCUCCUCGCCUUGCUACAACCAGCUGUUCCAGGGUGUGGAUAUUAAUGAAGAUGAUGCCUUGAGUGAUGAAGAGGACUGAUGUGUGCAAUACCUCAGUGUGCUUCGUUUGUUUGCAAUUUAUCUCACCCUCACGACACAAACUGCAUAUGGAUUUAGCCAACGCCACCAUUUCUCACCAUCAGUGAUCAGGCAUUUACUAUGCCAAAAUAUAUCAGUCAUUUCUGAUGGUUAACUGGCUAGCAGAGAGCGAUUCCCAGGUUAUACAGGCACAUUACCUUACUCCAUACAGAAGUCAAAUACUCAGGGCCAGUAUUUUUCUGAAAGCAUGCUCGUGAAGACGGCGUUCUAAUGUGAUGGGUUACAGUUCUAAUGCUGAGUUUAGAUGAUUUGAACAGAUAAUGUUGCCAUGUUUUAUCAAUCUCAAUUUAAAAAGAAAAUUCUGGGAUCUUGGGUGAAAUCUUAAUAUCAAGAACGGAGAACAACAUUUUUGGAAGUUUUUACUAUUUAUUUUGAUCAUGAGUUAAAAUCUAUGUGGAAGAAUAUGUGUACACCUGGAUACCAUCCAAACCAUGAGCUAACAACUUGAUGUGAAAAAGGUAAAUAUAGCGUUGCCAAAUGUGACAUUCAGCCAAUGGCUAAUAUUUAAUGUUAUGUUGCUGGAAUAGGAUUUUUAGACACACUUUUUAAAAAUGUUUUUGUUCCUUUUUCACUAAAGGUACACUCAUACUGAUUAGUUAAAUAUUUUUUCAGUACAAAAUAGAUUAGUCCUUAACCACAUUUCCUAGUUACUACCUCACAUGAUCAUUUUCAUCCAAAAAGUGGUUGUCUUGUGUUUUAAUAACCAUAUACAAACGACUGUUUUGAUUUUAUGGGGGUUAUAGGACAUUUGGCCUGUUUCUCAAUACAUGUUUUAUGGCGA